AUGAACAUACAAGAAUUAUUGGUUAUAGGUGAUUCUGACUUACUGAUUCAUCAAGUACAAGGCGAGUGGACCACUAAGAACGUGAAGAUACUUCCGUACCUGCAUUGUGUGAAAGAUUUGUGUAAGAGAUUUAUCAAGGUGGAAUUCAAGCAUGUCCCAAGGGCUCAAAAUGAGUUUGCUGAUGCUUUGGCAACCUUAUCCUCUAUGAUUCAGGACCCGGACAAGAGUUACAUAGAUCCUAUCAAGGUGAAUGUGCACGAUCAGCAAGCCUAUUGUUUCCAUGUAGAUGAAGAACCUGAUGGAGAACCUUGGUACUAUGACAUUAAGAAGUAUCUCAAGGCAGGAGACUAUCCAGAAGGCAUAACCAGUGUUCAGAAGAGAACACUUCGAAGAUUAGCAAACCACUUUUUCCUAAAUGGAGAAAUCCUUUAUAGGAGGACUCCAGAUUUAGGAUUGCUAAGGUGUGUUGAUGCCAAAGAAGCGGUCAAGUUGAUUGAAGAAGUGCAUGGCGGUACAUGUGGGCCUCACAUGAAUGGUUUUACUCUGGCUAAGAAAAUUCUACGAGCUGGCUAUUUCUGGAUGACUAUGGAAACAGACUGCAUUCGUUUUGUGCAAAAGUGUCACCAAUGUCAGAUUCAUGGUGAUUUGAUUCGCGUCCCACCAAAUGAAUUAAAUGUGACGAGUUCUCCUUGGCCGUUUGUAGAAGCAUCUUCGCACAAGUCAGUGACGAAGAAGGUGGUGGUAGAAUUUGUUCGCAAUAACAUCAUUUGUCGAUUCGGAAUCCCCGAGUCAAUUAUAACAGAUAAUGGAGCUAAUCUCAAUAGUGAUCUGAUGAGGGAGAUUUGUGAAACAUUUAAGAUUAUCCACCGUAAUUCCACCCCUUAUCGACCUCAGAUGAAUGGAGCAGUUGAAGCAGCCAAUAAAAACAUCAAGAGAAUAUUGCGGAAGAUGAUUGAUAAUUACAGACAAUGGCACAAAAAAUUGCCAUUGGCCCUUCUCGAUUAUCGCACCACUGUUAGGACCUCAACUGGGGCAACACCUUAUCUUUUGGUCUAUGGAACAGAGGUUGUGUUACCUGCAGAGGUAGAGAUACCAUCGUUAAGGAUUAUCCAAGAAGCUGAGUUAAGUGAUGCCAAGUGGGUACAAAAUCGAUAUGAACAAUUGAUGCUCAUUGACGAAAAGAGGAUGAAUGCAGUUUGUCAUAGACAACUUUAUCAGAACAGAAUGGCCAAAGAUUUCAACAAGAAGGUAAGACCAAGACAAUUCAAACCGGGGCAAUUGGUGUUGAAGCGUAUAUUCCCACAUUAA